AUGGGACUUCAUGAAGGGACGCUCCACCUCCGUCGUAAAGGAGCUCUGAAGAAGAGCAAGGAGUAUUACGCUACACUGGUCGCCACCUCUUAUAAUGGCGUGGCGCGGCUCGAGUGCUAUGAGAAUGAGAAGCAUUCGCUGUCCCUGCAACCCACCUUCAUGGUGCUGGGUUCCGAUGUGGUGAAGGUGGAGAGGAUUACAUUGCCAGAGAAAGAAAUGAGGAAUGCUUUCCUGAUCAGCACCAGGAAUCAGCAUUACACGUUCUUUGUCAGCACUUCCCGUGAAUGUGACAUAUGGGUGGAGGCUCUCCAGAAGACAUUGUUUGAAGGCGUACAGGGUCCAAGGCACACUUUAUUGAAGGACAAGAUUAGUUCCACUGCAGUCAAUGAAGUCUACGAAUCUGUUGUUUCCCUUCAGAAGUCUGAAUUCCUGGUGAGGAGUGAUGAAGCCACCCAAGCCAGGUUGGGCGUGUGUGGGAGCAUCAAACUGGUGGUGGAAGAUGAGAGCAUCUCCCUCAUCACCCCUUCUUACAAAAUGAUUGUGCGAUGGAGUUUAAAGGAUAUCCGAAAAUUUACAGUGACAAGUGAAACUUUCUCCUUGGAGGCUGGCAGGAAGAGUGCCUUAGGGGAAGGUGUUUUCACUUUCCUCACUGAGGAGGCUGACUGUAUCAACCAAUUAAUUGACAUUAAGAAGAAAGUGAUGAAAGAAAAAAAUGAAAGAACAAAACAUCUUCCUAAGCCACAGACAUUGGCACCACCACCAAAGUCACAGACAUUUUCACCACCACCAAUCCAGUAUGCUUCAAGAACAGGGAAUCCCAAUCCAUGCAGUGAUGCAACCUAUGAAUCCCUUGAAGAGCUGAUGAUAUCCUCCAAUACCAAACAAAGACCAACUCCUACAGGCAAUAUAUGCCUUCAGCAGCUGCCACUAUCCAACCAAGAUGGACAUUCAACAGGUACACCAGUUGUUCCCACCAGAUGUUGCUGGUCUUCACCAACCAGUCAGGACAUCAGUUCAUCUGCUGUAAAUAAUCAUAAAACCCAAGUGAUUACAGGUCAACAGAUUAUUGAUCAAGUUCCAAUUUAUUCUGAACCAGAAAUAAUAACAAAUGCCUGGAAGUCCCAUGGGUAUAAUGGUAGUGAUGGUGAAGAGUCACUCUUGUACAGCAACCUGGAGUUCACCCAAAAUCAAAAGGAGGAAAAUCACUACUGGGUUGGUGGGGCAGCAAGGGCUUCUGUGGAUGUGAGACAGGAGAAACAAGACAUUCAAGAGGAGAGCCUUUAUGCAGUAGUUGAUCUUUCAAAGAAACAUAAAAAUAAGUAGAUCUGUCAAGCGGAUUUGAAUUGUUUCAAGCUAAUUUUGAGUACUAUUUCAAUUACUCAAGUGUCUGAAAGGUAAGAUAUUGAAUAUUAAUUAUGCUUCCUAUCAUUGUUAUUCAUUAUACUCAAUAAGUCAGGGCAAAUUAAAUUGACACCCAUCUGAAUCACUCAUUUAUAGUCCAUCUUGAGAUAUUCAAUUUCUGAAUACCUCAUUAAGUUGUGUGUUUGUUGCAUACAUAAGUAAGACUAGUGAAAAAAAAAAAUUGCUUCAACAAGGCAGAUCCUUAUGUACAGUGUUGUAGUUGUCUUACAACCAUAAUCCAUUCCAAAAUCGCCAUCCGAAGCAGUUGAAAGUGUAUGAGACUCACGGAUGUGCUACGCAUGUAGCUAUGAGGUGACUGACAGACGGUUGCAUUGUCGCAGCCUUGGAGGUGCCACUUGGUCAAAUUAUGAAUGAAUCUUAUUUUUUGAAGGCUGUGGAAUAUUACAGUAUCUUAUAACAAGACAAAUGGUAUUAAAAAGCAUGUAAUUUACCAAUAAGCAUUACACAACAACAUUAUUGCAGAGAUUAAAAGUACUCCUGUGAAAUGCUAUGUGGCAUCAUCACUCAGCUGUUUUCAGGGUCAUUCAGACUUUUCCCCCCCUCUCCUCCCUUGCUUCAAUGAUGUCGCGUAGCAUUUUACAGGAGUACUUUUAAUCACUGCAAUAAUGUUGCCGUGUAAUGCUUAUCAGUAAAUUACGUGCUUUUUGUUACCAUUUGACUUGUUAUAAGGUACUGUAAUAUUCCACAGCUUGCAAAAAAUAAGAUUUAACCAUUUGUAAUUUGACCAAGUGGCACCUCUGAAGCUACAACAAUGCAACUGUCUGUCCAUCACCUCAUAGCUACACGCAGAGCACACCCAUGAGUCCCAUACAGCCAAGGUGGCUGAUUCACAACAUCUAUAGCUCACAAAUUAUUUAUCCAGAAAGGAUUUAUUGAAUGAACUUAAUGCCAUAGAAUUCAUCAGAAGAUACUAUUUAGACAGUGCAGGUAUCAUCUUUGUCACUGAUCUAGUGAGAGAAGUCUUACAGAAGGAUACAGAAAGGAGCAACCCACUUACUGCCAAAAUGAAGAUAGUCAUAACACUUAGACAUCUUGCUGCUGGGAAAAGUUACUGGAAAAAUGCAGUUGUGCAGUAAUGAUGGUGUUGGAGGUCAUCAAGAGAGCCACAGGUGGCUCAGGAUAACCCCUGAAAGCCGAAAACUCUUUGUUUACAUUGAAGCUUUUCAGCAGGAUCACAGUUACCUUAUUUCAAAGAUUGAAUUACUGUCUUACGCUCUGUCUCUCCUCGAAGAAUAUAAAAACAAAAUAAAUAUUUAUAGAAACUAUAAAUUUGUAAGAAAUGGCACCUUUACUAUGUCUUUUGAUAUAUGGAAUCAAGUAACUUUGUUCUUGAACCAAAUUAUGUUACCAAAA